CAAUUACAGCGCAGUGUGACUAACUGCCGCUCCCUGUUAGCUAAACUGCUAAACGGAGAGAAACGGGCGUUUUCUUUCCCACGUACGGUUGAAUAAACAGAUUCCUGCUGUGAUGGCAGACUGUGUGUCUAAGGUAGAGCUGUGCAUCUCCUGUAAGGACCUGCUGGACAAAGAUGUCAGCUCUAAGUCUGAUCCUCUGUGUGUGCUGCUGCAGAAAACAGGAAACAGCUGGACAGAGCUUGGUCGAACCGAGCGUCUGAAUAACACCUCCAGUCCAUCAUUCAGUCAGCGUCUCAAAGUGGACUAUCACUUUGAGACGGUUCAAAAUCUGAAGCUGGGAGUUUAUGACAUCGACAACAAGAGCAAAGACCUCGGAGAUGACGACUACCUGGGGGGAGUGGAGCUUACUCUGGGACAGAUAGUUUCCAGUAAAACUAUAACACGACCUCUGCAGCUGAAGAAAGACAAACCUGCUGGGAAAGGAACCAUCACUGUCACAGCAGAAGAGAUUAAAGACAACAGAGCCAUUCAGCUGGAGCUGGAAGCUAAAAAGCUCGACAAGAAGGAUACGUUUGGAAAGUCGGAUCCAUUCCUGGAGUUUUUUAAACAAGGAGAUGAUGGAAAGUGGCAGCUGGUUUACAGGACAGAGGUUGUAAAGAACAAUCUCAGCCCCACCUGGAAGAAGUUCACAAUUCCCCUACAGACAUUCUGCAGCAGCGACCUCGAGAGGCCGCUAAAGGUGGAUUGUUCCGACCAUGACAGCGAUGGAUCUCAUGAUCUGAUUGGCUCUUUCACCACUAAAGUCUCUGAGAUGGAGAAAGCUGCCCAUGGUUCACCGGUGGAGUUUGACUGCGUCCAUCCUGAGAAACAGAAGAAGAAGAAAGGCUACAAGAACUCUGGUGUCGUCUCAGUGAAGAGCUGCAAGAUGGUGACUCAGUACACUUUCCUGGAUUACGUGAUGGGUGGCUGCCAAAUUAACUUCACUGUUGGGAUCGACUUUACUGGCUCUAAUGGAGACCCUCGCUCGCCAAACUCUCUCCACUUCAUGAGUCCAGACGGGCUGAACCAGUACCUGUCUGCUCUGUGGUCUGUGGGUCAGGUGGUCCAGGACUAUGACACUGAUAAACUUUUCCCAGCGUUUGGAUUUGGAGCAAAACUUCCUCCAGAUUAUCAGGCUGCACACCACGAGUUCGCCCUCAACUUCAACCCAACCAACCCCUACUGCCAAGGUAUUCAGGGGAUUAUUGAGGCCUACAGGAUGGUUUUGCCUCAGCUGAGACUUUCUGGACCCACAAACUUCUCUCCCAUCAUCACUCACGUCGCUUCCAUCGCCGCUGCAGCUGCACAGACCAACACAGCCUCUCAAUACUUCGUCCUCCUCAUCCUCACUGACGGUGAGAUCACCGACUUUGAUCAGACCCGGGACGCCAUCGUCAGAGCAUCAAGGCUGCCGCUGUCAAUCAUCAUUGUAGGGGUGGGGCCGGCUGACUUUAAGGCCAUGGAGCUUUUGGAUGGAGACGACGGCAAGCUGAGGUCGACAGUAGGGGAGGCUGUUGCCAGAGACAUCGUUCAGUUUGUCCCAUUCAACAAGUUCAAAGAUGCUCCCAUUGCGUCUCUGGCUCAGUCUGUCCUCGCUGAAGUUCCUAACCAGCUCGUCUCUUAUUUCAAAAUGAGAGGCCUGGAACCACCGAAACCAAAAGCCGCCCCUAAAUCCUAAAACCAACUCCAUCAUGAAACGUAAAACCAGACCCCUGCACUCCCUGACCAAUCACAAUGCUGAACGCUCUCACCCACCUCAUUCCAGAAUCAGACCACGCCCCCUUCUCUUUGACCACUGCUAUGAGACCAACGUGAUGACUCUCAGCCAAUCAUAUCACAGCACUGAACUGUCAGCCAAUCAGGAUGCACUCCUAAGUUUUUUAGUUGUUUUAUAUUUACACUUUUUCUAUUUUCCUCUGCACUUGAAUUGUUAUGAUAUAGUAUAGAUGACUGAUUUAAUAUUUUUCUGCUGCUCAAACUAACUAUGCAAUUUACACGUUUACUAACAUGCACAAUAAGAGAGCCACACACAGAGUAAGGAAAAAUAGGUAAUUACUAGCCAAUGGCAGCUGAAAUUGAUGAGGAAAACCAAGGUGAGAUUGGAAAGAAUUUUAGGGUUUUUCUGGUUUAAAAGUGUAUAAAACAUGGACAUAGUCUUAGUGAUGUCACCCAGUGAUUUCUGAGGACACAUUUUGAAGCCAUAUGAUGAUGGAUGCCAUAUUGGAAAUGUAUUUGAAUUCUGGGUAAUCUAGAAGCAGGCAAAGAGAUGCACCGAGGAGGGGAAAUGAAAGUCUUGGUUGCUGAAACAGCCUAUCAAUCAAUGAUUUAUGAAUAUUUGAACAGUCAAUAGCUUAAAAAACAAUCAAAGAUUUCAAGUACCCAUUUUAAUACAUUUAUAGAUAUAUAUAUAUAUAUUAAAAACACAAGGCCAAUACAAAAUCAACAGGACUUCAAAAAUUCUCAAAAUUAAGCCCUGUAAGUAAUUUUCAUGAAUGCAUAUUCCUUAUUAAAAGGUCUAAUUAUGCUUAACUUUAGCCUUGAUAAUCAGAACACUUCAAUCAUAAAAAAAAUCCCUGGUAGAGUUUUAUACCAAUAAAAAUGAGCUGAAGAGACUUAAACCAUCUCUUGCACCAGCCUGUAAUCAUGUUGAUUUCUGCGGCAAAAACUGUCAUUUUGAUAUGGGACCUAAUGGGAUUAAAGUCGCUUUCAGAUACAGCUCCAAGUGGCCACUUGAGGAACUGCAGUUUUUUGCACGUCCUCAUUGGCUUCACUUUUCAGCACUGGAUGUUGCAGCUUGGUUUUUCCUUUUAUUUCAUCAUGCUCAAGGUUGAAUGACAGCAGUACAGAGAGGAAAUCAGAGUAACUAACCUGUGCUCUCCAUAGUGCCAUAAUGACCGUAUGCAUGAUACCAGCUGUGUGUGUGGCUCUCUUUAGCUUUAUUCAGGUAUUGAUACUUUGCACCUUGCUUUUGCUCUAAAUGCUGGAAAGAUGUAUUAUGAAUUAGAUUAUUUACUCUAUAUCAGUGCUUUAACACUAUAGCCUUAUUAUAAACCUCUAUGUAGCCUUAAUUUUAGCCUUAAUUAGCACGCUGCCUCUACUGCUCCAGCUGCUUUUGCCUGAAUGUUUCUGACUGCUCUCUCACGACUCUGUGGGUUUUUCAGGCCACCAUUUUGGCCUGGAUUCUACAACCACUUGCGAUCAGUUAUUGCCAAAUUAAUAUGUAGACCAUUACAGUCAUGCAAAAGAAAAUGUGUUUUCAGGCAGCAAAGAUACCCAGUAAUCUCCCUGCAGAAACAUAAAAAUUAAGCCUGGUUUGGGCAUUAUAGCAAUAAUAGAAGAAUCCUGGAGUAUUGCUUAAUGAGGGCCAGUUGGUUCUAAAAGUAGAGGCAGUAUCUCAGAAUAAAGUGCCUCAUUGAAUAAUCUCUCUGGUAGAAAUGUUUUUAACUAAUCAGACUUUAACAUUUUCUGGUUGCUAAAAUGGCUAACUUUAUCAUGAUGUUUUAAGGAUGUGGACGUAAAACUGUGAGCUUAUCACUGGAAGUUUCUUCAAGUUUUGUGUUUAAAACAUUAAAUGUCUGAUAAGUUCAUAUUCAAAGAAACAGGACUGUAAAUUUGAUGCAUCUUUGAUUAAAAAUUUUGUUUUGUUCCUACAUGAAUCAACAUUUCAAAGUACCAGCGCUCUGAGAGUCUGUCUGAAUGUCUGCUCUCCUUCUUUACCAAAGAUUUAUCUCUGUUUGAAUCACAUCCUCCCAGCUGGGAUACUGGAAUGACCUUAAGUUCUUCAAAUGUGUCAAAACUCAUGUUUACUGCUGCAAAGCCACAACUAAUGUUAGAAAUGCGCUCUGCUUUUAUAAGAGUUACUGCCAAAGCUUCAUUUGCAAUGACCUUAAUUCACAUUCACCUCGUAAAGAUGACCAACCUUACUCUGGAUGUUCACAGGAAUGAGUCAAAUUUUUAACCUUUGUCUUUUGCUUUUGAUCUGGGUCCAUUUUAGAAGUAGUUUUUGUUUUUUAUAUUUGCAAGAUCAUUUGAACUUUUUUAUGACGCUGUAUCUCCAGAACCACUGGUCCAUCCUUAAAAAUCAGUCUCGGCAGUUGCAACCUUCACAAACCAAACUUCUAGUCAGAAAUGCAUAAAAAGAGAGACUGUUCAAAUUUGAAAAACUUUUUUGUUUGUUUGUUUUUUUCAGGAUAUUUUAAGUAAAACUUUUCUCAAAGUUUGGCAGUGGAAAGGUGGUUUGGCUGAAAGAAUUAAGUAUAAUAUGCACUAGAAGGCUUAAGGAGAAGCCAGCUGAGUUUAUAAUUUCUGUGUAUGUUUUUCCAUGGUAUGUUUUCAUGAAGCAGAUGCUGUACAUUGAAGUCUGUCCCUCUUGGGCUGUCAUUCAGCCCUUUUUAAAACUGUUUAUGACAGGGUUUGAGUUGAAGGGAAAUUGUAUUUUCAUAAAUGUGGCUUUGAGUAUUUAAGUAUUCGAAU